CGAGCAUGCGCAGUGUUGACCUGUACCUCUCGUCUCCCCGGGUUACCGUCAACAACUCAGUUAGCUCCAGCAGCAAUGCUAGUUCGGCUUUACUUGGAGCCUUUUUAUGUAGUUGCGUGUUAUUUGCAACAACGUACGGUAAUUUUCCAUACAGAGUUACUUCAUCGUCAAAUGAUGAGUACUGCCGAACAGGAAGUAGCUUAGAGGCUAACUAGCAUCAGCAAAACCCUUGAUGAUAGCAUGCUAAUGCGGAUGAGAGCGCGUUGUUCUCCACAGUUUGGUUUACAUGAUGACAGAUCACGAGGUAAGGACACUUGCGUAUGCAAAAAGUCCGAAAACAUCGAAAAGAACUACAUUCCAGGAUGAACUUCAGGCUGCUGUGUCUUCCAGGGCAAGCAAAGCAAAUGCACAACAACACUUUUAUUUUGAUGCCAUUAACGACGAUAAAGAUGAUUUUUUGGAUAAACUUCUAAAAUCAAGAAAAAAGAGGAUUGAUGCCUUCAAAGCAGGAAGGAGUAAAGCGACAUUUAAUACCUUCGAGCUGUCAGACGAAGAAGACAAACCCACCAAGCCAAAGAAAGUAUCAUUCCUGAAAUCCCACAGAAGCAGCUCUAACUCAAAAGACACAUCAGCGUCCGAGCCACAUGAGUCCCCUAAUGACGGAAAUGUCCAUAAUGACGGAAAUGUCCAUAAUGAUGGAAAUGUCCAUAAUGAAGCCUCUCUGUACCCUCAGAACUCCAUAAAUGUUAAUGCUGAAAACUCGCAAAUUAAUCCAUCUAGUGAAAAACCGACAAAUGGUCCACUCACAAAACAGACCUCAAGUCUGCCGUGUAAAACAUCAGAUGAUUCUCUUUCUUUGCCGUUGCCAUCUGAUGGCAGUGUGGUGGAGACGCCUGGUCCAGAAGAAGAUAAGACAAAUCCUGGCGUGGAAGAAACCUCUGAGACUCCACCAGAGUCUGGGCAUCACCUCUGCAACACUGUUUCAACUGACAGUGUUCCAGAGAUGGAGCCACCGAAACCCAAACCUCGGCAAAGAACGCUUGGGCUGAAGUCACACAUCUCACAGAAGAAAACGGAGGAGGAAAGUGAAUUUCAGGAUUUCAGCAGACCCCAAACAUCGUCUAUGUCCAUUCCGUUCUCAACUGAUGCAUCCAGCAACAUAGCAUGGACAGAUGGAGACCAGACAGCUUCAUGUAGCCCCAGCAAGUCAUUUUCAAAUAAGAGUGAACAGUCACAACUUGUCACCAGGUCUACGUUUGAUUCUGGUUCCAGAGAAGGCUUUAUAUCCGAUGAUAGCAAGGAGCAAGGGAGACCCUAUUCUUCAUCAUUUGAAGAAUUUAAUGCACAUGCAGGAGAUCCCUCAGAUCAAAGCUCUCAUGCCCCUGAAAAAUCCUUUGACACCAAGACUUCCAGUUCUCACUCUAAGACCACUGAGAGGUCUCAGAGUGCAUGCUCCAGAAAGGUGGAGUCAAAAUAUUUGGGAACACUCAAAGUUCUGGACCGGAAACUGUCCUUACAGGAGUCUUCUCCUCAAGCAGCAGAAUCUAUCAGAGCUGCAGUUUACCAGGAAUGGCUCAAAAAGAAAAAGGAAAAGUCAAGAGAGAACAUGCAGCUGAAGAAGAAAGAAGAGCGUAUGAAGGAACAACAGAAAAAGGACAGGGAGUCUAAAAAGGAAGAUGCCAACGCUUCUUUUGAAGCCUGGAAAGAAAAGAAAGCAGAAAGCCUUAAAGCCGAAGCAAAAAAAAGACAAAAUAUGAUUAGAAAACAGCAAAGGGAGGGUGAAGAAAAGGAAGAAAAAAGACAAUCUGCCAAACAGGUGUUUGAGAACUGGAAGCGUGAGCAUGAUCAGCUGCUCCGAGACAGAAACAGAAAGCAGAAAGUGGAUGAAAGUAAACAGAAGCUGAAGAAGCAGGAGAAAGAAGAAGAAAGGCAGAGAGAAAGCAAAUCUGCUUUUUCUGACUGGUGUGACAAAAAGAAAGAUGUUCUUCACGAAAAGCUCAAGAGGGAGCGUGAAGAAAUGAAAACAAAGGCAGAAGAAGAGCUGUACCUGAAGGAAGAAAAAGACAAGAUGGCCAUAGAGACCUUUGAAAACUGGCUGAUAAAAAAGGAUCGAGAGCAGAGGAGGAGAAAAGACGAAAGAGUGAUACAAGAAAUACUUCGGGACAGUCCUCCACCGUGGAGCCCUCCAAAUAAAACCAUCCCAUUUGGAAAGUGACAAUCUACCGUCUGCUAUCUUUUAUAUUUAUUUUUUAAUAAAAGACACCUGGAUAUGAGCAUAAGCAUUUUAUAACUUUCUUUUUGCAUUAACUAAAUUAAAUAUUAUUUUACCACAUUACAUCAUUUAAUACUAAAAUCUGUUUUGUUUCUUUUGAGCUUUAAGUAAUCAUUCCUUUAAGAGUUCUUCACUCCUGUUGUGACUUAUGCGAUAAGGUUGUAGUUUCAGACAUGGUCAUCCAAAUAUACAGCUGUCUCCAUUGGUAAAGACAUGUACCAGUCUUUACUAGAUACAUUAAUUAUCUUUUACUGCUGUGGCAAAAUCCUUCCCAGGAACAUUUUCUGUCAUUCCAUGGCAGUAAAUUAUGGAGAUUUGUUAUCUCCCUCAUUUGCCUUGGUUAUUGUUUCCAGCUUUUUAACUCUUUGGUACUCCGACUUGAGAUAACCCUGCUGUAUGUUUUUCUACAAUCUAUUCCCUGAAAAUAUUGGUGUGUGUGUUGCUGUCUUUUUCUUUGAAGUUGUCUAACAAACCUCUGAGACCUUGAUAAAACAUCUUUAAAAUCCUUGAGACUUAUGCAACAAGGUUGUAGUUUCAGACAUGCUGAUAAUAAACUACCAUGAACACUUAAGGACAAUUUAGAGACCAAUUAACCUCACUGGUGUAUUACUGUAGGAGGAAGCUGGAGUACCCUGGGGGGAAAAUCAGACCCAGGACAUCUUACAUCAAGGCAACAGUGCUACAAAGUGCAGCAUAAAUCACAUACAUGUACAGCCAAUUGGUUACUUUGGAUUUUUAUAAAGGCAUGCUAGAAUAAGGGGGUAAUCACUGACUACAAGGUACAUGCUUGACUUUAGAGUUUGAUUAUGGAAGAAAAGUCACGAAUCCCUUUUUUUCAGCACAACAAUUAUGCUGUAGUACAUGUUGGUAGUAGAUAGAAUAAAAUAUGAGUUAAACUACAGUACACUGUAGUUGUUAGCUAACAAAGAGGGAUGGGUGAUAUUUUGUCGAACUAUUGUGAUACUGAUAAAAGCGGUGAUAAGAACUAUUUAUUAAUCCUUUCUUAGGUAACUUUCUUAGGUAAGGUAUAGCUGUGAUUGUUUGACUACGAUCCUAGCUCCACAAAUACUGCUCUUUAGGACACAAGUCACAUAAAAGUGGGAUUUGCGUCACUCAGUAACUGCAUUUAAUCAUAUUUUCAAAUGUAUUACUAUUCAUUAAUACUUGCAUUGAACAAACAGCGGAGAAAAUAGUAAAAAUGAAAAUACAGACAGUUUCGGGGGAUUUCAAACAUCAUUAAUUGGAAUUUAUAGUGACAAUGAUAAAUCAAAAUUCUUAAAAUAAAUUUAUCACCAUAAAUGAUAAAGGAUUUGAUACAAUAAAUGUCCAUCCCCUAGACUAGUAAGAAAAACAAUAUGUGUCCAUAAGGCUGUUAUAAC